AUGGAAACAGGCGAAAUUGCCUUGGCGCCAGAUAAUGGUGAGAUGGAUUUCAUUUUGACAAUGAAAGAUGUAAAGGGUGUUCAGAUUCGUGCAAGACUGGUUGUACUCAGUUGCUGUCAUAUUGCUCAUGGAGAGAUCAAAGCAGAAGGUGUAGUUGGUAUCGCACGAGCAUUUUUGGGUGCUGGUGCUCGUUCUGUUCUGGUGUCGUUGUGGGCGAUUGAGUUUAUGAAAAUUUUCUAUCACCAUCUUUUGAAAGGAGAAAGUGCAAGUGAAGCUUUAAACCAAGCAACGAACUACAUGAGAGAAUCUGAGGAGUUCGGUGCAGACAAAUACUAG